AUGGCGCAGCCAACAGGCCCGUCGCCUUCCCAGCAGCAACAACAACAACAACCAACGGAUCCUUACAGUAGCAUGACGGGCAUGCUAAAUCUCGUGCUUAUUUCCAUUGGUCGUAUCCUUCGAGAUUCCUCCAAACUAGGCGCCAAAAACACCACUUCAACAAAUAUCCGUGUACGGCACUUGAUCCCUCGUGCAUUGAACCGAUUUCAAGACGCACUCGAUGAUGUCGAAAUAGAGAUUGUUCGAGCCAAGGCAACGAUAGAAAGAGAUCUAGCCAUCUGUCGAGCUCGACGAGCGGAGCGCGAGCGAGAAGCGGUGGCUGAAAAGGACCGCUUGGCUGCGGAAGAAACGAUGGAACACGAAGAUAAACCUAUGACCAAACAGGAAGAUGCCGUUAUGGAAGACGCAGCUCUCAACGAGAACGCCAACACGCAAUCUCAGCAACAAGAAGACACCGUAAUGGCGGAAGCACCUGAACCUGAAACAAACGGGAUCAAAAAGGAAGACGCAACAUCAGCGGAUCAACCUGAAGCCAAACCGGCAGAGACCAAAUAUUCCGAUCAAGUAUCUACAACCGCUCCACCGGAUGGUGCAUCAAAUUCUGCCAAAACCGAACCCCCCGUGAAAACCGAGGGUAAAGCAACUGAAAAGACAGAAGAACCUGUUUCAAAAGCCACAUCGCAACCUGAACAACACCCCAUUUCGACCUCACAAGGAGACACGAACAUUAAAGAUCUCAAUAUUGGUGCCAUGUUCGAUGGCGGCGCAGAUGAGCCGCCUCACAAUGACGAACAUGAUCUUAAUUUCGACAUUGACUUCCCUACAGACGGACCUGACGACGACAAUAAUGACCUUUUCAAUGACGACCUCUUUGGUCCGGAUCUGAGUGUGUCGGGUGACAAAUCAGGUGAUAAGCCCGGCGAGACAUCCAAUGACGAUGUCACGUCUUUGCUUCCCGGACUUGAAAACUACGCCAAUGCCACGGAAAAUUUCAAUUUCCUAGAUACUACCAAUACCGCUGAGAACGCUCAAGGCCAAAACCCAGGCGAAGCCCAGCAAAGCAACACGAAUGCCGCUUCCGCCACCACGGCGCCGCCACAGAACUCUACUUCGACGGCAACAGCAACAGCAGAUCAAUCCGGCGAAAAUAACUUUUCCAAUACCGGAGAUCUUUCCGCCGAUUUACUUCCCCCCGACUCGACAUUUGAUGAUUUAUUCGCAAACUCGGACUUUAAUUUUGAUGGAAAUGGAGACACCGGCAAUGGUGAAGGAGGGGAGAAUUUUGACGAUGCGUUCUGGAUGCUUGAAGGGUCAUAG